AUGGGUCGCUCACAUCUCUCUACUUCGUGCAGACAACAAGUCAAAGCCAGCGAAAUGCACGCGCCUGGGAUCUCAGCCUUUGGUUUGUUGUUUUAUGUCACGGCUCUCACCCCAUUGGCGCCUCCUCUGGCCGCGUUGGCAGGUCCGCCAAGGGGCACUGGAACUGGUGGAACGCCUGUGGGUAACGCUGGAAACCGUGGAAACGGGCCGGGGCAUGAUAUGAUGACAGCCAUGCGAGGUUCGUCUGUUGGGUACCGCUACAGGAGUGCUACUCCGUACGUACGAAGGACGCUGGAAUCUUGCGGCCCUCUGUGGGGCAUGGGGCACGGAGGAGUGGGAGUGGGACUUGGUGUCACCAUCAUUUCUUUCAUCUCGAGGGCUUCCGUGGCCGCUGCGUCCUGGAAACUGCUUCUCUCCGCCAUCCCGCCCAGCUCUCAGGUUAAUGAUGUCUCUACUCGCCUGUCUACUCCCGAAUCGUGCUACGUACAGUGCUGUACAGCGCCUACGUCCGUGGUUCUCACAUCUACAGUAUAUUCCACCGGCAGUGAACCCAGCAAUGCAGCCAUCCUUCCGAGACACAAGGUCCGAGUUCUCGCAGUUCUCGCAACAGCUAAUCCAAGGUCUCAGUCCAGCACAGAUGAUGCUCAGCCGCACAUUUGGCAUGAUCCACGACCCGACGAUGUGGUCACUAUCUGUCUCAGGGCCCCUUUUGGAAAUAGCACGCGUGGCGGUAGGCCUUGGUCUGCCCAUUACUUGGCACCUAAGUGCCGUUCGAUACAGCUAGGGAGUAUGGGGGCUAAUCCCAGUUCCAGGAUUCCGGUAGGAACAUUCGAUAUGACUGAGCACCCAGCACUGUCAGCAAAGCCAGCAUCGCCCAGCGGACCUGCCCUAUGA